CAUACUGUAUGACAAAUAUAUUUAUUUAUUUAUGUAUUUGUAUUUGACCUUUCUGGUAAUAAUACUUAUUAAUAAACUCAAAUUAAAAUAGUUAGUAUGGUAAUAAUAUUAGUAACCAAAUGCAUAUGUACAGUAUUAUGCUGUAUUCACAUUUGCAGUGGGGAAGAAAAUGGACAGAAGAGGAGAAGAUGAAAAUGGAAGAGUCUUCUUUGCUGACUGAACACAAUAUGGAUGUUAAAACCAUCAUAAAGGAACUUCUAAAGACGCAUGCCGCACUAGAGAAAACUGAGCAGCAACUGAAAAACACCAAGCUGGAUCUAGAAAGAGCAACGAGAGAACUGGAGGAUGGUACAGACCUUUACUUAUCAGGCUCUGUGCCAAAAUUGUAUCCUCCCAUCAUGGGUGGAGCAUCAUCAAGUUCGGAUUCUUCCCACUUGAGGCUGGUGCUGCUGGGAAAGACUGGGUCUGGAAAGAGUGCAGCAGUAAGCACCAUCCUGGGAGGAGAGGAGGAGAACCAGGAUCUCACACUUAAUGCUACAUCCACCCAGAAGAGUGAGAGCAUACAGGUGGAGGUGGCUGGGAGGAUGGUGACUGUGGUGGACACUCCUGACUGGUUCUCUCCUGGACUCCCUCUGGAGAAGCUAAAACAAGAUAUGGAAUGUUGUGUUCGUUUUUCUGCUCCAGGACCCCACGCCUUUCUCCUGGUCAUACCUGUAAAGCAGCCUACAGGAGAGGAGAGAGGGAUGCUGGAGAAAAUGGAGGAGAUUUUUGGAGAUGAAUGUUGGGAGACCACUUUCAUUCUUUUCACUGUUACUGAUGAACUUCAGAAAAGCAAUGUUGAGGAAUUCAUCCAAUCAGGAGACCAGGAGGUCCGGAGACUUGUAGAGAAAUGUGGGAACAAGUUUCACUGUCUCAACAUUAAGAAGAGUGGAGAUAGUUCUCAGGUCUCAGAACUGCUGGAGAAGAUAGAGAAGAUGGUGGAAGGAAGCAGAAAGAAGUUCUAUAGCAUUGAGAUUUAUCUGAAAACACAAUCUGAGAUUGAAAAAAUUAUUAUGUUGCUUAAAGAAAAAAAGAUAGCAAACGAAGUAAAAGAAAUGGAAGUCAAACUAGAGCAGGAGGUCACCGGUUCUCUGAAAAAGAUUAAAGGAAUGAUCCAGGAGCAUGAAAAAGAUAUUACACAGCUGAACAGUCAAAUAGCUGAACUGGAAAGAAAAACUAAAGAAGAAAUGGAUGAAUCAAAAAGAGACAAAUUGGAAAAGGAACUAGAAGGAGAAAUGCAGAAGAGGACAAAGAUUGAGAAUAUAAUAGUGAUACUAAAUGAAAAGAUAGAGUGGGAGAGAAAAGAGAUGGAGGAGAAACUCAAACGAGAGGUGGAGGAGAUCAGGAAGGCCUCUGAAGAAGAGACUGGAAUGGAGGCAGAGAGAAACCUGAUAAAGAUCAUGCGUCCUGAAAUCCAGAGAUAUAUUUCAAUAUAUUCCAAAUCAAUGAUGGAGGAAGAUUUCAGAGAGAAGAUGGAAGAAAAGGAUAGAGAGCUGGAGAUACUAAAACAAACCCUGACAGCACUUAGAGAAGAGACAAAACAAUCCAUGAUGGGAAAAGAAGCUCAAGAAAGCUCAGGAGAAAUUGUCUCCCUAAACAAGUUUAGAAAACGUUGUGGGAGUAUAUGAUUACUGAGAGCUUCCCUUUGUUUGUUAAAGUCGAUGAAUUUAAAAAUGAAGAAAAUAUCUUCACCUGAAGUUUUGGCAACCAGAUUCAUACAAAAGUGGUGCAAAAGACUUGUGUGGAAAUACAGUUUAUACAGUUGCU